CUCACACUCCAACAACAUUCAAAAAGACAGAAAGUUUAUUUUGUUUCUUUUAUGCAAGAUGAAGUUCAUUGUUUUGCCAGAAAGUUGCCUGAUGACAUUUUUAAUCUAAUUCACCAACCUCUGCUUGACACAUCAGCUCAGUUUCACUUCACCCUCCCGUCUCAGUGGAGAUGACGUUAUAUUUAUGUGUGGAUUUCACAAUGGAUUUAUUAUAACAGGCUCUCGGCCCUGUUUGCCAAGCGUGUGACCCGAGCUCUCAGGCCCACAUGAGCCUCUGUUAUCUUAUCUCUCAUCUGCUCUAAAAAUGACGGGGGCACAAAUAUCACCAAACGCAGACGCUGCAGGAAAAGUGAUGCUCUGCUCGGAGACGCAGUGAAUCUACGCUGACGCUGGAUGAGUGGGAACGAGAGGAACGGGACGUUCAAAGGGCUCUUGACCUGAUAUCUAGAGGAGCGGGACAUUGAUCGAUAAACUGCACCAACCAGAAUCAUUUCCUGGAGGAAAAUCGGUGGAAUUAUCGAUGAGCCGCGGACGCCACAGAGAUGAGGAGGAGGGAGUCCUGAUUUAACUUUGUAUGACAGAGAACAGGAGAACUGGUGACUGGGAACACUGGAAUAAAUGAACUGUAAAGAUGGGGACACUGGUGGAACCAACGCUGCUGCUGCUGUUCUGGCAGAGUGUUUGGGCUUUGGACGUCCCUCUGGAAAUCAGACAACCCCCCACCAUUAUAAAGCAGUCAAUGAAGGAGCAUAUUGUUGACCCUAAAGACACCAUGGUCAUAGAGUGUGAAGCCAAAGGAAACCCUCAUCCAAUUUUCUCGUGGAGGCGUAAUGGGAAGUACUUCAACGUGGCCCGUGACUCUCAGGCAUCAAUGCGCAGGCGCUCAGGGACGCUGGACAUCUACGCCUGGAACAAUCCAGAACAGUAUGAGGCAGAGUAUCAGUGCAUCGCCUCCAAUGAGUACGGGUCUGCAUACUCCAACAAGAUCAGACUGCUACUCUACAGAGCUCCUGUGUGGCCGAGGGAGAUUCUGGAGCCUCUGGUGGUCAGCGCUGGUUUGCCUCUGGUGUUGUCCUGUGACCCUCCCACUGGCCCCCCCAAACCCGUAACCCACUGGAUGUCCAGCUGCUCAUACGCGAGACCUUUCACCUGGCCGAUCCAGACGGCGUUCCCCACCAUGCAGGCUGUGCGGCAGGACCGCAGGGUUUCCAUGGGAGUCAACGGAGACCUAUACUUCUCUAACGUCCUGUACAAUGACUCAACCACUGAUUACUGCUGUAACGCCCGUUUCCCCUACAAGAACGUCAUCCAGCAGAAGAUGCCCGUGGUUGUUAAAGUGCUGACGACUCGAACAAUGUCCGAGGCUGCCCCCACCUGGCUGUCUCCCACCGGCUCGUCCAGCUCCAUACUGGUCCUGCAAGGGGAGGAACUUCUCCUGGAGUGUAUCGCUGCAGGAGUGCCGACUCCUCACAUCACCUGGCUCAAGGAUGGUGCCGACCUGACGGUCACGCCUCGCAUGAAAUUAAAGAACUUCAACAAGAUGAUUCAAAUCCAAAAAGCGUCGUUUGAGGACAUCGGUGAAUACACGUGCACGGCCACCAAUAAGAUCAGCUACAUCGUGCACACAAUAACCGUCAGGGUCAAAGCGGCUCCAUUCUGGUUGGAGAAGCCCAGUGAUUUGGUGUUGGCUCCUGAGGAAAAUGGACGAUUGGUAUGUCGCACUGAUGGGGCCCCUCGUCCCUCAGUCACCUGGUUAGUCAACGGGGAACCAAUUGAAAAUGAGGUACCUCAGCCGAACAGACAAGUGUCAGGAGACAUAUUGAGCUUCCGCAGUGUGACGGCUGCAAACACUGCUGUCUACCAGUGCAAUGCUUCAAACCAGUAUGGAUACUUACUGGCCAAUGCUUUUGUCAACGUGCUACAUGCAACACCACGAAUCCUCGCGCCGAAGAAUGAACUCAUCAAGGUGAUAGAGGGAAGUCGCGCUUUCUUAGAUUGCCGCUACUUCGGUUCUCCAGUACCUGAAUUACGAUGGUCUAAAUAUGGACAGGGGAAUCUGGAGGGAAAUCGCUUUAAGACCCACGGUAACGGGACCUUGGAGAUCAAACAUAUCCGGAUAGAGGACCAGGGAACGUACCUGUGUGUCGUCAGCAACAUCGCAGGACGAGAUGAAAGUCAAGUCCGGAUAGAGGUCAAAGAGCCCACAUUGAUUGUUACGAGACCACAGAGUAUGAAAGUGAUCCGUGGAAGCGACGUGCGGUUCGAGUGUGGGGUGAAAGCAGAUAGCAGCACUCCUGUCACAACCAGCUGGAUGAAAGACAAAAAGCUGCUCAGUCUCGGCUGGAGAAUCUCCCUGGACGAAUCAAAUCUGGUCAUCACGAAUGUGAACCGAGGUGAUGAGGGUGAUUACACCUGUGUCAUCAAGAGUGAGCUGGACCAGAAAACUGCCUCAGCACGCCUGAUGGUGAUGGACCGUCCUGAUCCUCCCACUAGUCUGGAGUUGUCUGAUCCAUUUGAGCGCAGCGUCAGACUCAGCUGGGUUCCUGGGGACAGUAACCACAACCCAGUCACAGAGUACUUAGUGCAGUACGACGAUGAUGACUGGUUACCAGGGAAGUGGAAAAACCUGUCGACAUACCCCGGAAACCUCAACUCCGUCAUUCUGCAUCUGGCACCUUUCACCUACUACGAGUUCAGGGCCAUCGCUAUAAAUGAAAUCGGAGGGAGUCGCCCCAGUCGUCCGUCGAAACGCUUCCAGAGCAGCGGUGCACCCCCAGAUGUCAUCCCGAAGAAUUUGAAGGGUGUGGGUACAUGGAGGAACAACAUGGCGAUCAGCUGGGAGCCUCUGGCCUACAGAGAGUGGAACGGGCCUCACCUCAAGUACCUGGUGUGGUGGAGGAGGAGGGAUUCCCGAGAGGAGUGGAAGAACGCCACCACCAAAUGGCUGAAAUACUACAUCUAUGAUGCAGAUACCUUCACUCCCUAUGACCUCAAGGUCCAGGCCGUCAAUGACUUUGGGCUGGGCCCCGAGUCUCCUGUCGUCACUGGUUACUCUGGGGAAGACCGUCCCAUAACUGCGCCCCUGAACCUGAGAGUGUCCGACAUCGAGAGCACUCAGGUGACUGUGCACUGGGACCAGGUCACAAGGAACGUUAUUAUGGGAGAGCUGAAGGAAUACAAGGUUUACUACUGGAGGGACAGCAGCCAGCUGAGGUGGCUGCGAGUGAACAGGGCGAUGAAGUCGAAAGCGUUUCCAGACAAUGAUCCGGAGCCGUCGGGGGUCGUCCCCGGACUCCUCCCCUACAGCAACUACAAGAUGUUCAUAGUGGUGGCAAACAAUCGCUAUGAAGGGCCGCCCAGUAAUAACAUACUCUUCUCAACACCUGAAGGAGUACCAUCUGCUCCCAGUUCCUUCAGGAUCCAACAGCGACAUCUGGACAGUAUUUACGUGGACUGGGACCUGCCAGCGGAACCCAACGGUGUCAUCACUGGGUAUUCCCUCAAGUACCAGACAGUGAAUGCCACCAGGGGAGAGGAGCUGCAUGUCGAGGAGUUCACUCCAAACGUAACAAGCUUCUCCGUCCGCCGAUUCGACCGCUACACUCGAUACAGGUUCUCUGUGGCGGCGCGAACUCACCUCGGAAUAGGGGAAUGGCACACGGAGGAGUCACCGCACUACACCACGGAAACGUAUGCUCAGGACCAGGUGGACAUCACCACUCAGGGCUGGUUCAUCGGGACAAUGUGCGCUGUGGCUCUCAUCGUGCUCAUACUUCUCAUAGUCUGCUUCAUCAAGAGGAGCCGAGGGGGGAAAUAUCCAGUACGAGAAAAGAAGGACAUUUCACUGGAGCUGGUGGAUGACAAAGACCAAGAGGGAUCAUUCGAUUAUCGGUCUCUUGAAAGGAUUGCUCGUGUCUCCACUCUGCCCUACCCUCGGAGGGAGGAAGAGAGAGGGCUUCAGAGAGGCCAGCUGUCCAUAGAGACAAUGAUGAAGCCAUCAGAGAGUGACGACAGUCUGGUGGACUAUGGAGAUGGAGGAGAGAUACCGUUCAACGAGGACGGCUCCUUCAUCGGCCAGUACACAGGAACCAGGAGAGACGUCAGGGAGCUGGAAUUCGGUGGAGGCCUUGAGCUUCACUCUCCGAUGAACACCAUCUACUCCCUGGCAUGAAACUCAUCAUCUCAUGCAUUCGGUUUGUGUCCGUUCAGCCUCCACCGUGAACUAAGAACCCGGAGGAACGGCUGGUGCUCGUGGUUUGUCUGCAGAUGUGAACGGCUGGAGACCGGAGCUGUUACACCGUCAUGCAUCAGAAGAAGAAAACAGUGGAAAGUUGAGACAAUGAUUCUAGAGAGAUGCUUAAUCAUCUGGUGAAAAGGAAGCUUUGCCUUUUCUUUUGUAAAUACAAAAUAUCCUGUUUAUGCACAGACCGACGCCCACGAUGAAUUAUGGAGCGACACUGGCUGCACAUCAGAAGAGACAGAAGUGGAUCAGUUUAUCAUGUUGAUAAAAGCAGUUGCAAGGACCCACUUAACUACUGUUACUGCAGCUUUCCUGAGUCUGCUACUUAUUCGAAUAAUUAGUAAUAGUGAGAUUUGUGUUACUUUUAUUUUGAAGCUGAUUGUCUCCCUUCCCAGAUAGCACACAGAUGUGGGCCACUUCAGGCACUUCUGGACUUCCUGUUUGUAAAAUAGUAAAUGGGGCCCAAGUAUCCCAAAACAAAUGUGGGCCUUUUCUGGCAAACAUGCAAUGCUCUAGGCAAGGUGUAAUCUGGAGGUGAACCUAAAGCGGCACAUGUGAUAAAUGGUGAAUGUGGCCUAAAUGGCACAAAACUAAUUCAGGGUCGCCUGUAGUAUUGCUAUGACUGUACUUGUGGCCCAGAUCAGCAAACAGGAGCAGGUGCCUGAAGUUGCUCAUAUUUCACUCAUAAAUAAAGAAUAUAAAUCCUUCUGUAACAGCUUUUGUUGAUUUGACUCCUAACACAGUUAUGCCCUAAUGUAAAUAAAGAAAUAUUUAUUUCUACCUUA